CUCCGAGCAGUGAUAUGGGUCUUAGAAAUACUACAAAAGAAGGCCCAAUCAAAUCGCACCGCCUUGUUUCCUGGCCUCUGCCGCAAAUCGAGGCUGCCCGGCAUGGUCCCUGAAAACACCAUCAUGGCAGCUCCAACACAUCACAAUUUGGCACCUUCGCAAACUACCCCCAAUAAGCUCGCAACCUACCAGAAAUGGCUGCAAACCAUCGAAAAACCACUGCAAACACUGCAGGAGCCGCGCGGCGCGUCCUUUUUGCAUUGGCCUUGCUCGGAGGCUCGUCGGCCAUGUCUCCGGCGGUGCACGACAAGCUCGACGCCACCAUCAACGAUCUCAAGGGCAAGCCCGACACGGUCAACAAGCGCCUGCGCUACAAGCUGGACAGCAGCGCGGUCGCGGCCUCGGCCGACGGCGCCGCGGCCAUUGCCGGGAAAAUUGCCGACGGCGUCGCGUGUAAGAACCCGCACCGUCUGUUCCGACCGAGCAAGACGCACGAGAAGCAGCACAAGGCGCACGGUGCGUCCGCAGUGUCCCACAAUCAAUUUCAGAGACGCCGCUGGCGCCGGCGAAUCAGUGAAGGAAGCCCGCACGUCCGAACGCUCGUCCUGCGCAGGCCUCGACAUGUGGUACGAGUGCGAGAGCGAGGGCGGCGCCGCGACCGUCGCGGCCCUCGAGAAGAUGUCCGCGCUGACGGCGCACGACGACACGCUCGGCGCGGCCGUGUCCGCCGCCGAGGCGGAACUCAAGAUCAGCCUCUUCGCCGCGGCGUCGAACGACCCCAUGCUCGACUCGCAGCACCACUACGACGUCGCCAACCUUUUUGGUGCGUGGAACCACACGACCGGCUCUCCGGACGUCGUCGUGCAAGUCCUCGACACGGGCAUCGACACCAAUCAUCCGGACCUCCAGCAGAACAUCUGGCAGAACCCGGGCGAGAUCUGCGGCAACGGUGUUGAUGACGACGGCAACGGCUACGUCGACGACUGCAACGGCUACAACCACGCCGACGACACGGGCAACGAUUUACUGGGCGGCCACUGGCACGGCAGUCAUUGUGGCGGCACCAUCGCCGCGGACACGAACAACGGCAUCGGCGUCGCGGGCGUCGCCGGCGGGAACGGCUCUCCUGACAGCGGCGCGCGGCUCAUGAUCUCGCUGGGCUUCGGCGACUCGAACACGGGCGGCUUCGCCGAGGCCUUGGUCUACGGCGCGGACAACGGCGCGCAGAUCUCAUCCAAUAGUUGGGGCUACACCUCGCCCGACGUCUACGAGCAGGCGGUGCUCGACGCUAUUGAUUAUUACAAUGACAUGGGCGGUAUUGUGGUCUUCGCCGCGGGCAACAGCAACUCCGAGGCGUGCUACUACCCCGGCUGCUACGACGGCGUCGUCGGCGUCGCCGCCCUAGACAACGGCGGCACGCGGGCGUCGUUCUCUAACUACGGCGAGUGGGUCGACAUCAGCGCGCCGGGCGUCGACGUCAUGUCGACGAUGACCGACGAAGGCUACGGCACGGCAAGUGGCACGUCGAUGGCGUGCCCGCAUGUCGCCGGCAUUUUAGCCUUAGGAAAGUCGGCGAACCCGAACGCGUCGAAGGCCGAGCUGCUUCACUGUUUGUACGACACGGCCGCCGACAUCACGUCGGAGAACACCCCCGCCAUGGAGGGCAAGCUCGGCAAAGGUUUAGUAGAUGCCGAGGCGUUCGUCGACUGUUGUGUAGAGGGCGCGCCGACGGCGGCCCCGACAAUCACCAAAGUGCCGACGUCCGCCGCGCCUUCGAUGAAACCGACGACGUCCAUGGCGCCGACCGAGAACCGUUUACGAUUACACAUCGAGAUCCAGACGGACAACUACCCGCAAGAGACGACCUGGACCCUGGACUUGGUCGAGGGCGACGCCGACGAGUGCGACUGGCCCGGCGAGAAGGCCGGCGGCCCCUUCAACUCGGACGAGCCGUACAUCGAGCAGGAAGUCGCGCUGCCCCGCGGCGCGUGCACCUACCGGUGGGCGAUCUACGACGCCUGGGGCGACGGCAACUGCUGCGCCUUCGGCGAGGGCUGGUACAAGCUCCGGAUCGACGGUGAAGUGGUUAUGGAGGGCGGCGACUUCGGCAGAUUCGAGGUGCACGUCUUCUCGAGCGCGCGCGCGCCUACAUUAUCGCCGACGGUGGCGGCGCUCCCGGCGCCAACGGUGCGGCCCACGCCGCGACCGAUCCCGGCGCCGACUUUAAGACCGACCGCGAGACCGAUCCCGGCGCCGACGCCGCGGCCGACGGUGUCCGGCGGCGACCCCACGUUGAGACCGACGCCGCGGCCGACGAUGCAACAAGUGCCGCCCGACGCACUUCCUGCCCCGACCUACCGCCCGACGUCGGCCGCGACCGACACGCCGACGCACCACACGACGCCGCCCGUUUCUCAACCGACCGCCGUCCCGAGCUACGCGCCUUCCAUGAAAACGACCUACGCGCCCUCGGCCGUCCCCGACCCGCUCACCGAUGUCCAGCUCGUGAGCCCCCCGGAGAUGAACAGCGUGAUGCUGCUGCACUGGAAUUAUGAUCAUGGAGAGACCUUCUGGGUCGAGUACCGCGUGAAUGGAGAAGGCGCCUGGCACGGGCCCGAGUACGGAUUUGACAUCCCGCGCCACCACGACGGCCGGCGCUACUUCCUGCUGCAGACGCCCGACAUCGCGUGCGGCGACAAGGUCCGCGCCCGCGCGUGGGCCGUGUUCCCCGGCGGGCUCGAGUCCGAGCACGCGACGUCCGACGAAGUUCUUGUCGCGUGCUUCGCGCCGCCGACGACCAGCCCGACGGCGCACCCGACGGCGCCGACGGUCUCGCCCACGCUCAAACCGACAUUCGUCCCUACGGCCGCGCCGACGCGCGAGCCCGUCGCCGCGCCGACGGCGGGGCCGACGCCGGAGCCCACGCCCGAACCGACGACGAGCCCGACGCCGGAACCGACGCCGACGCCCACGCCGCGGCCCACGCCGCGCCCGACGCCGCGGCCCACCGUCCACCCGACGGCCAAGCCCACGUUGGGACCGUCAGCGAUGCCGACGGCCGCCCCGACGGCCGCGGGCGCGCUCUCGCUCUGCGCGCGCGACGACGGGACCAAGAUGGCGGUCGUGAGCGGGUCCCUCACCUUCGGCGCAACGCGCGACGACGACGACGAAGAAGGAUGCCUCAUGCGGUCGGGCGACGACCGCUUCUCUUCAUCGUACGCGACGGCGGCCCCCAAAACCGACGCGACGAUCUCGGCGCGAAUUAUGUCCGAGGGCUCGAUCCGCCGCGACUACGGCCUGCUGCUCCGCGUCACGGACGACUGGGACGACUCCUUCCGCUACCAACCCCGCGCGGGCUACCGCUGCACCGUCAACACGGGACGAGACGGCAAGGCGGAUUCGACGCUCUCGGUCGAGGUGCUGCGCGAGGACGGGAGCCGGUCGACGGUCGCCUCCUACGCACCAGCGUUCGCCCUCGAGCCCGGGACGUGGUACACGGUUUCCGGCUCGGCCGUCGGCAACCGCAUCACGUGUCAGAUCAUGCGCGGCGACUGGGUGCUUGGCAGCGCCGAGGCCGUCGACGACACGUACGGCGACGGCUACUUCGCCACCUGGAACUACAAAGACGACUCGGGCCCCCACUGGUGGGGCGACCUGCGCGUCGUCGACGCGCCGCCGCCCGCCGCUCGCCGCCUCCGCGGCUCGCGCUAGCAAGAAGCCUCUUCCUUCCCUUCCUCUCCCUCUCCCGCCCGCCUUCCCGUUCCCCGGACCAAGCCUUGUGGAUAAAAACGUAUCGUACUAUCA